GCCUUACUUGAAAAAAUCACAACUUUACGGUCAAAACUUACCACACAUAUCUCCGGCCGGCGAAUUCACUUAGCUCACACUCUCUGAAGCAGCACCCAAGAGAAAGGUUCUCUCUUUCUUCUCUCUUCGAUGGCUUUCUCAUACUCGUUAACUUCUCCUUCACCAAAUUCGACUCUCUCAUGUUCCAAUAUCCAUCAAUUUCUCAACCCGUCUUCGUCGUUUCCCGUCUCGUUAUCUGUCUCAUCUCCGAAGAGCACCCGCCAUCUUCGUCUCGUUAUCACCUCCGCGGUGAAUCCGCAAACGGGACAGCCGACGAAGAAGGCCUCAACGGGUACUGGUGGUGGCAAUAGUAAUAGUAGUACGAACAAGAAACGUAAGAAAAAGGGGAAAACUGCGAAACCUGUGGACGAUUGGGAAUUGAGAGAUGCGGAUGGUCUUGACGAAGACGAUGAUUCUGAUUAUUCUUCUUCUUCGAGGUCUCUAGCAACGUUUAACUCUCCUCCUACCAUACCUAAACCACCUGCUGGGUUUGUGAUUGAUGAAACUGGUAGGGUUCUUAUGGCCUCUAAGAAGCGAAUCGCCACUGUGAUUGAUCCAACAAACAGUAGCCCUUUGGAUUGUGUGAUAAGAAGAGUAUUUACUAGUAGUAANGGAAUGUAUGCUUGGGAAUCUUGA